CAACAAAAUUGUCAGAGACUUUUUGAAAGCAUCGUCCGUUACGGAUUGCGAUGUCGAUGACAAUAUCUUUUGUUUGUUUGUUUGUUGUUGCUGUUGUCGUUGUUGUUUGUGUUUGUGUUACCUAGCAUUGGUUUGCGUAAAUUGAGCAUCACAUGUAAUUUUGACACAUUUUUUCGAGCGCAAAGUGUGCAAUUUAGUUACAUUUGCAUUUGCCCGCAAGACGUAACAACAAUAUCGUUAAAAUGGGAAAACACCUCGUAAGCCAAGACAAGUCUUAUCGCAUUCCGGCGAGAACUACUCAUUAAUUAGCCACAUAAUCUAUUGUGGACAUCUAGCAUUGACACAUUUUUGUCGCCCAGCUUGACAAUUAUGCCAUAAUAUUCGGAAAGCUUAACUAAUUCCGACUAAUAGUAAGCAUUUUCCACACCAUUUAUCUGACUGCACUAAAAACAACAAGUCGAGAACAUCGUAAAUGUAACGAAAUUGGGGCCAAACAAAGUGCACACUCUGUUUGGACAAUUGUGGGGGAAAACACGUAUUCACGGACUACGGAAAAACCCAAAGUGCCGCACUAGAACAGCCUCCAACUGGACACCUACAUAAACAGUCAACAUUAUGGAUUACCUUGGACUGCUUCUCGUUAUUUUACUACUACAUUGCGUAUACGCAGAGUAUUACUGGCAGCCAGAACCCCUGAUUGUGCUCUAUAAUCCUGAAACUGGACGGGAAAUGGACCCCAGACUCUACAGAGAUAUGCAACUGCGUUCAGCGGGACCGACAAGUGGACAGAAUAUCAAUGAUAAUAUCGUCCGACUUCCCAGUCUGGGAACGCCGUGUUCUUGUGAAGAUUACGUUUGUCGCUGCUGCUUGGGCAUUGGAUUCGGUAGCAUGAAGCAGACCGUGUGCAUUAAAAUACAAUACGAAUGGCGGGAAUUCGAUGUACGAUUCUUUAUCGACUGGAACGAUCGGACUUUGGCCAGUUUCGGCAUUUCCCCCGCGCAAAAUAUGCCUGACUUUUGCACUCCGCUAGUUCUGCCGGUUCCCAUAUUCAGCUGUUUGCGUCUCUCGAAUAUACAAAUUAUCGAAAUGGAAAACAGCCUCAACUUGUGCAUAUCGUUGGUCUUCAAGAUGGUUUUCUAUCAGAUCUUUGAGUAUAAAUUCACUUGCAUGCGUUUGGGCAUGAAAGGUGUGUCCAUUGUACGGGAUCCGUACUCAUAUAUGGACAUGAAUCCCUCGAAGCUAACCGCAGGUCAACCGAUGCCCCAGACCACCAACGAUAAGCUGCAAAUCUACGAUGCCUAAGUAAAGUAAUUGUUGUUUAAGCGCUACAUAAUGUACAUCCAUCCGCCUCGCAUUCUAAUUUAUAUUAAAUCUAACCAAAAAAAAAAGUGAAAUUUUUGUUAAUUAAAAAAAGAGCUAUUCAUUCAAGAGCCGCACCAACAAAUAAACGACACACCAACCACAAAAAAUAAAUAAAAAAAAAAUGCUAUGAAAAUUGCGAAAAUUGCUAAUAAAAAGUUAGGCUAAGUGUCUGAUGUGCGUUUGUGUGUGUGUGUGUGUGUGUGUGUGUGGAGUGUGUUUAUUUGUGACGCGACUGCCUUGGAUUUGUAUCUGUAUCUCAGCAUCUUAAACAAGGUACACAGCUCAUUGGAACACACCUACUUCUGGCCACUUUCGUUAACCACCGCGGCACAUGGCAAUUAUUUUUUCUGCCCGCUAUCAGUCGGCAUGCAUCUGAAGCCGACGAACCGUGCAACACAAGACGCCAAGGGAGGUCCAAGGGGGGAAGUCACUUCGUAGGCAGGAAGGAGAUUGGAUUGACGGCUCUUUAGCAUCA